UGUCACAAGUCCGCGAAGAAAGCACUACUUCAUUGACAUGCUUUCUACUGAGGUUUUUUGCUGUAGUUUAACUUAUUUAUGCAAUCGCAAGUAAUUUUGGGCAACCGUAGCUGCAUGAGGUUCCUAUUGUUGAACGGUAUAUAAUGUUUAAACAUGAAUUUCAGGUAAGUGAACUGCUUUAUCAAUUUGAUCGCCUUCGGCGACAAACUGGUACCUGUGGUUACAAUUAUUCUUGAGCUUUAUUUACUGUAACUUAACUUACAUGUUUAUCGUUUGUGGUGACAGGGAGGGCCCUGUGUGGAAGUCUUCAGCGCCCAAAGCCGCGAUCCUGUAGGGAAAUGGAGGCUAAGCGGGAGUGCGUCCGUCAAAAACAAGGUUUACGAUAAGGACGUCAAGAGCUUUGUUUACAAUUUGGAGGGUGAGACAACGACCACAAAGAUGAGCCUACCCAAGGAUGAGAAACAAUCGCUGGGGCUUUUACAGCGUUUUCUGAUACUUCAGCUCUAUGUGCCGCUUGGACAUUCGUUUUCGCUGGAGUUUGGGAUCACUGACUCUGGAAAUAAUAAACGCCGCAUUUUGCUGUCUUCAAACCACCGUGAAGUUACAAUUACCCACCUUCACGCGCGAUUUCCGUUAAAUAUUCUUCGUCUUGGUGUUUGGUUAAAUUUAUGCAUGGAUUUGCAAUCAUUAGUCAGUGAAACCUUCAAGGGACAGUCUUUUAAAGCUCUGGAAAAUUUAACAAUUUCAGCGAGUUGCCGUUUGCGUAAAAUAUUUACUAUGAGAGUGCAACCGUUUGAUACCACGGACGAUGAUGAAAUUUAUGGUUGUCAGAACACAAAUAAUGGCGAAAUCGACAAUAUUCCGAAAGCACAUCAGAUCUCCACCUCACCAGAUGUGCAGUAUCAUACUCAGGUCUGUUUUCAUCUCUAUUUUUAAUUGUCUUGACGUGCAGUACACAAAUAAACCAACUAAUUAACGUUUUUGCAAUUUUACAAUGCACCUGUUCAUACUCGUUACUUACUUUGCUAAACAGAUAAUUUCAAACAGUGGUCAGACGGCAUAAUUAAGAAAAAAUAAACGCACAGCAUGAACCCAUCGGGUUAUUGAUGCUCAAAGGAGGCUAUCAAGAAUGAAAGAGUUGCUCAAGGGGUAAUUGGGGGCAACUUCGGCUUCUUGAGGGCUUGACAAACCUCCCAAGUACAUCCCUAACUUUUAUUACAUAUCAAUUUGCUUACAGAUAGUAGAAGAAUUGCCGAAGAAAACAGCCACCAUUUUGUAAUACCACCACUCGUUUCCCCACAAAAUAAUGUUGGAAGAACCAGUGCAGAAAUUCCAUACCAAGGACACAUCACUGCCCAGAUCUGGUUCUGAUUGGUUGAAAUGCCCAGAUCUGGGCAGUGAUGUGCCAUCAGAAUGGAAAUUUGGUGUUGGUUCCUCAGACAUCAUUUUGUGGGGAAACUAGUGGUGGCAUUAUGAAAUGUUGUCUGUGUUCUCAGGCUACAUGUUGUAGGGGAAUGGCAAUUCUUUUGUCAUGAGUGCAUGCCAUUGUAUGAACAAAUCCAAGUUCUUAAUUGCAAAGAUCACAUUACAUAAAUGUUUUGCUGAGCAAGUAGUUUCCUUUCUCAGUGUGGAUUGUAAAGCCUUUUUUCGUUAUCCCGAUUGAUUUUUGGGUACUUGGUCGAAAUAAAGCCUUACCAAAGGAUUCCAUAAAAACAAAUUACUUGUAUGAUCACAUAUUGACAUAAUUACAUAACAAACUGAUGCAUUCUUCUUUGAGCAUGCUCUAGCUUUUGUCUGCAUUCAUCAAUGUGCAAAUAGUAAAUCAAUGGGAAAUUGGCCCAUUAGAGUGCAUGCUUUAUAACUACACUUUUGUUAUCUUAUAAAAGGACCCUUUUUAUGCACAACUUUUUUGAGUAUUCUGAUGUAUAGUAUUCUAAUCUUACUAUUAUUAUUGUUGUUCCUUUAAGGUCAUCAACAUGGCCAAACUCUGGCAGGCAGAAAUAAAAGCUAAGGAGAAAGCUGGUCUUCCUCCACCUUCAACACCUAUUUUUGCUGAUUCAGACACAGGGAUCAAACAGGAAGAGGAACCUACACAUAUUGCUUUUGGUUCUAAAAUUGUUAUUCCCAAACAUGCUCGAAAAACUUCUCGCGAAGGGGGUGCGUCUUCAGCGGGUGCCAGAUCAUCAUCUGGGAUGAAUCGUAGUGGUUCAAUACCACAGUUAAGGACUUCUUCUGCCGCAGAAGAGCCUGAGAGCGGCAGAGAAAGUAGUCGACAAACUCACAGACUGGCAUACCAAAGGUCAUUCUCUGAUGCUACUAAUUUGCACUCUAAGGAGUCAUCUAAUUCUCAACUUGAGGUAGAAGCAACACAAUCAAUGAUGCAACCUCGUCCUCCACGAACUGGGUCAGGUGGAAAGGCUCGUCGAAGGCCCUUUAAAGUCAAGCAUCCAGGAAGUGGAACAACAAAAUCAAGCAAUGUUAACGAUAAGUAUGCCACCAAUAAUCCUGUUAAGAGUGAGGUGAAUGGCUCGUCUAAUUCAAAAGACAUUGUUCCUGAGGAAAAAGAUAUGGACAGUAAUCAGGAGUCAAUUUCUAGAUCACAGAGUGAAAGUUCUCUAAAAAUGUCUGGUAAUGAUAGUAGCUUAUCAGAAAGUUUUAACAAGUUACACAUCCAAAUUCCUAACAAGGAACAAAAUGGUAUCCAAAAUCAUGAAAUGAGUGGCUCAAAUGAGCCCUUGCCAACAACAACUCCAGACCUUGGAUCUCCACCAGUUUUUACCUUUUCAUCAAGACCUCGGUCUGCGCCAAGAUCACCAAGAAGUCGAAGGCCAAAGCAGCAAGAUUCUGGUGUAACCCAUUUAGAGGAAAAACCAGCUAUUCAAAUUUCGUUGCAGCGACCUGCUGAUGUCAAAGACUCUAAGCUUCGGUCCAGAAAAGAUAGUAACAGAUCUGAAUAUGAUUCAGACUUUUACAAACCUUCAGGGGAAAGUUCAGCCGAGGAAGAUGAACUGCAAAACUUUUUGAAGUCAAGUGGACAUUCCCGGUGUAGUUCACGAGGCUCUAAACUGAGCCCAUUCCCCAGUCCUCAGCCAAGCCCAGAACCUGAUGCAUUAUCUAAUUCACAGGUUUUACGAAUGAGCAUCAAAAGCAGUCUGCUGAAGGAGGUAAGCGGACAACAUACACAUAUUAUUUGGACAGUAUCAUAUGUAUUUUAGGGGCCAGAUUCACAAAGCCUUACUACAGGGCUGUCACAAUGAAGUUGCCAGACACAUAUUUUAUUAUGAGGUGGGUCCUACUUUCCUUCUGUUUCCAGUGAAUUUAGCUGGUAGUCAUGUUCAUACAUGUAGUAGGCGGGGAAAAUCCCUGGCCCUUAGUUUUUCUAAGUUACUGACUAUGCAUGUAUUAUGGUACUGUUGACAUAGGGCUGUCAUUAAGGGCCGCAGGGCAGAGAAUUUUCCUCCUGGCUACUACAAACAUGAUCCCCGGGCACUGUCAUAGGAAAAUCGAGGAAAACUAGGACCAAAAGAAAUCAAUAGCUAUUUGAUUCCCGCCUACUCCUUGUAUUCGGCCGGCAACUUGAAACUUAGUGACAGCCCUGGUUUGACAACAUUAAACUCAGAAUUUCUCAACAUGUUACCUAUCCCACAGAGCUGAAGUUAUGGAAAUCAAGAUCAACACUUCAAAGUCAAUUGAAACCCCUUGAAACUAAUCUUGAGAGGCCCACACAAGAAACCACUAUCGGAGCUGUAGCAAUGACAAUAUUAAUGGCAGUAAAAAUAUCACUCAUGAAAUGAAUUCACAUUUUUACACACUUCAUUCUGUUAUUCCAACUCCCAUCAAAUUUAGGUGAUUUUUCCUGGAGUUGAAUUCUCAGGGACAGAAUUUAAGUGUUGCCUUUGGAGAUAAGACCAAUAUCACAGCCUGGUCUUCACCUUGACCCCAGUUCCCAAGGUCAGGGUCACUUUGUGAUCUUGGCCUUGUCCCUAAAGGCUAUGGUGACUCCUUCAACAAAGAAAACUGGUUAACUGUUGAAAAUUUGAGAAACACUUUUUCAAUUUUCCAUUGCUGUUCUUACAAAGACCUUUGCUAUAGUUUGAUAUUCAAAUUUCAAGCAGUUUCUUGUUGUUAUGUGUGAAAUGUUUUAUAUAGGAUUGAAAACAUCCUUGUCGUUGUUUGUGUUCAGCAGUAAUUUUAAAUACAAAAUCAAAUACCAAUAGUCCAGUUUUGAACCAAGGGUAAAAUUUAACCACAACGUAAACAACAACAUGUCUCUUUUCUUUCUUACUUCCAUUUACACUUGUUAAUUGACAGAUUCCUUCACCUCGUAAGAACAAUACUAAACCCUAUGAUGCCAAUGACUAUCAAUCAGAUGCAAGUUCUUGGCGGAACUUUCAAUCAACUGCUAGCUCAUGGCGUUUUGACACAUCUGUCAUGAGUGGCAGCAUGCUGGACAAGUCCCUUGAUAAAUCAUUCAACAGUUCAUUUGGUCAAGAACACAUAAUCAGUGAAGAGACAUCAGAAUCAGAGGAGGGAAUUAUUAUAAACGAUGAUGGAGGGGAUUCCCUCAGUGGUGAUAGUGAUGAUACCAGCUAUUCUACUUGGAAACGACCCCCUCCCCCUGAUAAAAGAGUCCAUCGUUAUUUAGAUGAAAUGAGGGUAAGUGGGGAUGUAUGUAAGGAAUAUUACAUUGUAAAUUUGAGUAAGAAAGGGUGCACCUGUCAAUAAAUUUUUAUUUUAAUCUGACAGUCAGACGGGUACUGAAGAAGAAAACCGUAAGAAACUUUAAUUUUCACAGAAAAGUUAUUAUAUUGAUAAUAAAUUGUAACCAUAGUUAGUAGGGCUGAAUGGUUAUGAAGCCAUUCAGACUGCUUUGUUAUAUUUUUUGGACUUGACAGUGCACAAAGGUCAAUACCAUUGCUAUCAUUUUCAUCUUACUGACCAAUAAAAAUGUCACAUUUUUUAGUUUGCCACAAUUUGUGAACAAAAAGCAAAGAAUUGUGCAUUGUUGGGUAGCUUCCAAAAUAAACUGCGUCACUGUUGUUUUUAUCUUUGAUGUUUGCUAUCCCUCUUAACCAGUCUCAUUUGCUGUAUGUAGCUGUGUUGUAAUAUCAUAUCCCCUCCCCACAGAACAUUAUUUAACCCAGGAAUAUUAAUGGGUACUGGUGACACAGUAUUGGGGGUACCAUUAGGGGUGGGGGAGGGUGGUGAGGGGAGUAGCAGUACUUCUACAUGAAGGUGCUUCAUACUACAAAAACUAGGUUAAGCUUCAGCCAUGUGGGCCUCGUGGCUCAUGUUCCCCCAGGGGGGUACUCUGGAUUUCAGGUGACAAAGAAAGGAAUUUUUGGUUUGAAAUUUUCAAUUUCAGCAUUUUUUUGGGUAGGAAAAUUUUGGCAAGUAUUUUUUUGGGUAGCUUAAUUUAAGUAGGGAUUUUUUUGAGAGUAUUUAAAACAAUCUGAAGAUUUGUGAUAGUUCCCAUGUAUCCCAGCUGCAUAGUUUCUCUGGAAAUUUUUAUGGCUCGGAAAUUCAGCAUCAGAUUUUUGGGGGUUUUGCUUGAAGCCCUAUAGGGAUCUUUUUGGCUUGUUCACCUUGCCUUUACCAUAGGUGCUUUCAUAAUGUAAUAAACUCUUUCAUUGUACAGCACCCUGGACCAGAGCCAGACUUAACAGCCACCCUACCACUUGACCCAAGAGAGUACACUGAUGUGUUCAGUCCACCUAUUGUAUUGCCUAGUCAGAAGAUCAGCUCAGGUGGGGACAAUCAUUUUCAUGUCUUGUGCAUUUUCACAUGAAUGAUAAUCAACACACCCUUUGCACUCUACACCAGCAGAUUAACUGUGUUUGUUCUACUUAAUUCAUGUUUCGAUUAGUCCCUCUGGAAACCACUUCAUUUGUUUCCAUUGGUAGUUCAUUUUCCCUCUAAUCUACCUUGGGAAAUGAAAUACUAAUUAUAUCCUCAGAGAUCAAAACUGUUUCAUUAGUGACCAGUGUGUAACAAACAGACAGAGCCAUAGUUAUUUCGUCCCUUAUUCAGCUCCCUGCAUUCUUUACCUUUACAUUAAAGUCUAUUCUAAAUGACAACAAAAAUAACACAAUGUGUCUUAUUUCCAGCUGGACAAAACCAUGUCCUCUCAGCAGCCCUGUCGCCACCCAGAAGUCGUAACCCAAGUAACAGUGUGGAGCAUGAUAUGGGAGCAAAUGAAGAAGAGCUUGAUUUGUUAUAUGAUCCAUGCUUGAACUGUUACUUUGAUCCCAGAUCUCAUAAAUACUAUGAGCUGGCAUAAGUGAAAGUCUCCAGUUAGAUUCACAGGCAUACCAAUCUCAGUGUUGUGGACUGUGCUUUAUAUGAAUGGUCAUUAAUUUCAGUUACGAAGUGGAAGCAUAGGUAGCCAAGAAGUUUUAACAAUUGCUAGGUUUCAUAUUGUGGAGGACUGAGUACGAGUUUGUGGUGUAUUAUGUAUUCAUCAACACAAGACCCACACAUCAAGAAAAAGGACACCAAGUUUUUCAAAAUCCUCAAAUUUGGUGUUUAUCAGGCUGUCAGAGAUACAGCCAUUCAAAAGCUCAAAAAUUUAAAAGUAAAUGACAUCCAAGACAAUCCAUAUAAAACUAAAACUCAAUACAAGACUGAUUAACACCAAACUUGAGUAUUGUAAUGCUCAGUAUGCUCUUUCUUAUUAAUUUUUUGUGGGUCUUUAUGUUGAUACUCGAGGAAGGGGGGUGGGGGCACUGCAAUGGACUAGAAUCCUGUCCAGGGGUGAGUGGCAAUACUCCUAGUUGCUUAAUGGUCCAUAUAAAGCGCACUACACCAACACCAAAAUGAUGGUAAGCUGGUGGUGUGAUGAUUGUACAUCAUGUAGAACGGUCUUAACCUGAGAAAACAGCCAAAAUUUUGGGACACCACCAAUGGUUCCCUGUGCAAAAUGACGUCUGAGGAACAACUGCAGGAAUUUCGUGCUCCUGAUGACAUGUCAGUAUUACUCAGAUAUGGGUAGUACGUCUGAUUGGUUUUGCCAUUAGGAAAAUUUACUUCAACUAAUCAGAAGCCCUAUCCAGACUCAUGUCAUCAGUUGUGAAUUUCUGUGCUCGUUCCCCAGGCUUUUUCUCAGGCUAUAAUGGUCAUAAUUUAUUAUUUAAUUUUAUGGAAGUGUGGUAUUCCGUGCACACAAUAUCGACAAGUAGAGCUUGUGACUAGUUGUGGUUAAAACAUGUUCAUAGUGUUAUUUAUUUUGGCACAAAGUGAGUGAAUGUGUUUAUGCACUCCUCUAGUGCUAUUCAAUAGUUCAUGCUCGUGUGACUUUCAAAAUCGCGGGUACAAAGAUAAACAAUCCACCUGGUUAUAAAAGAAUAAAAUUACGGAAAUGUUUGAGUAAAACAAUCACUCUUCCGUUUUAUAGACAACUGAAGCCAAAAAUCUUUGCUUUAUUUAUUUCUCUAGUGGAAAGCACUUCCCAUCAAGUCUGCGACACCUCCCUCAGCUGAC